GAGCCGCUUUCAGCACCGCAGGUCAAAGACAUUCUUGAGAAGGGGCUGUUCAUGGUCGAGCGAAGCUCAGAUGAACGUCAGGAUUUCAUCACAAGUCUUGCGACAGAAGAAGGACUUGCUGUUGUUCGACAAAUCGUUGAGACCGAGUUUGCCAAGUCAUAUAGUGUCCUUGGUCUAAUGUUUCAGGUCCACGGUAUCCUCUUUCUUCAGCUUAUCACGAAUGACAGACUUUUGUCAUCCCUUGCGCUCGAACGUCAAGUGGGAACCAUUUAUAACGUGAUCUAUGGGCCCAGUGGACGUCGUGCUGUUACAUUUUUCACUCAAGUGACAGAGCACGUUAUUCGCAUGAGGCCUGAAUCAAGCACUGCCAAUGAGAGGUCAAUGGGUAAUGACGUGUCUGAAUUCGAAGAAACACUGCUGCUUGUUGCGAAAGCUUUUCUUACCACCUUGACCUUGAACCAAGAGGCUGCCAUUCAAACUGCUUUUGCGCCUAUUGUUGAAAGUCUUUGCACCUGUUAUAAAGACGAAGAUAUCUUCAGUGGCGUUGCCUCUCAUGGCUUGCAGUGGGUCCAUGACAACAUCAUAAAGCUGAAAGAUGUCUUGUCCAUGGGCGAGUCGCUCAAUCGCGCCACAGCCGUAUCUUUUCAUCAUGAUACCCAACACAAGCUACCAAAGGCCAAAGUGUUUCAAGUCGACUUACCAGGCGAGCUAUCUGCUCAUGGGCCUCGACACGACAAUGAUCACGCCUCUAUCCCACACAUCCGCCUGCUCCCAACCAUAAACGAAAUCUUUUCUCUCGAGCGAGCAGAGUUUCUCCCAGCGAGAGAUCCGGUAUUCGAUACAUUGGACCAACAUGAGACUGGUAUUCGUCGGCUUCUCGAUAACCAGUUCCGCCUGCUGCGUGAGGAUACCGCUGGCUUGCUCCGCGACUCAAUUCGGUUGAUUCUGCACAACUGGGAUGUCCUCGUGCACCAGCCAGAUUGGCGCUUGAAGCGAAGGAUCCUUCGUGACAGUGACAUCACGCCUGCGCGUAUCUAUCUUGGGGUGAAUGUCCGGCAGGUCCGAGCGGGUGGAAAGAAAGGCAUUGAAGUUGAUCUCGAAUUUGACCAGCCUUCAAGACUGAAAGCCAUGAGCCCAGCCCGACGCAAGCAAUGGUGGCAGAACUCUCAAGCCUUGAAGGAGAGUCCGGUGGUUCUUGCUCUAGUCGACGGUGAAGAUCACACAAACGUCUCUGUGACUUUCUUCCAGGUUGCUAAGAGAGAUCUAAACCUCAACGCCACUCCACCUGCUUCACGAGAAAAUGUGCCCACACCCGUCCAUGACGACCCAGCGUGGGUAGCAAAUGAGCUUGCGAACACAACAAGCCUCGAUAAGGGUCAGGCGACGGCGUUAGUCUGGGCCCUCCGCCGCGAGAUUGCACUCAUACAGGGACCGCCGGGAACAGGAAAGUCAUACGUCGGAAUACAGCUGGCCAAGUGCCUGUCAUCGAAUAGGGACUUGCUUGACCUUGGUCCGAUAUUAUGUGUAUGUUACACUCCCCACGCGCUCGAUCAAUUUCUGCAAGGUCUCCUCAAUGCAGGAAUUGCAAGCAUCGUGCGCCUUGGCCCGCGAAGCGCAUUCCCACACUUGGAAGCACUAUCUAUCGACAGUUACAAACAGGCUGAUCGAGGGCCAUUUAUCCGAGCUUAUAAUAAUCAGCGGAAUUCCCACCACGAUAAACUCAAGGAAAUUUCGGCGGAACUCGAACAAGUAUGCAGAUCGAUGGAGACCGGUGAUGAUGCUAGUGCUUGGGUGGAGAUCGAUGGGCCGCGUUCUCCCGAAGAACUCUUGCAGGCCGAUGUGUGGACACUCUCGCCGGCAGAACGCAUGCGCUUGCAUGACUUUUGGCAUGAGGGAGCACGCGAUGAACUUCGGAAAGUCUUCUCGUCCUUAGUGAAAGCAUAUUACAGGCAGAAACAGAACUUAACCGCCAUAUAUCACGCGGCCGAAGCUCGCAUGCUGCAAGGAUUCCAAGUCAUAGGUGUCACGACGACGAUGUUGGCGAAUCUCUCGUCCCAAAUUCGUGGCGUUCAGGCUAAAAUCUUGAUUUGCGAGGAGGCUGGAGAGGUACUCGAAUCGCAUGUCCUGACCGCGCUAUUGCCAUCGGUGCAGCAUGCCAUUCUGAUCGGAGACCACCUUCAGCUUCGUCCACGGAUCAGCACCCUCAGACUUUCCAUGAGUUAUGACCGUGAAGGAGCAAAAUACGGCCUCGAUGAAUCACUGUUCGAGCGACUCGCGGAUAGCCAUUUUGGAGGCAAUGAUGGCGACGAAGAACAGACGGGAGGGCGUCGAUUCCCUGUUACGCAGUUGAAUAUCCAGCGACGCAUGCAUCCCUCGGUUGCUAAUCUAGUUCGCGAGACGCUCUAUCCGAAGUUGCAAGAUCACAUUUCCACAACUAUGUAUCCUGCUGUUGCGGGAAUGAAGCACCGACUAUUUUGGCUUGACCAUCGGAAUACAGAAGAUGAUGGUGACCCUUCAGAUCCCAUGCAUAGCAAGACUAAUACAUGGGAAGUUCACAUGGUGAUAUCGCUCGUAAGGCAUCUUCUGAGACAAGGAAAGUAUGGUCCUGGCGAGAUUGCUGUUCUGACACCAUACCCUAGCGGUCGUGGUGAAAGAUGGCUCCAGGGACAACGUGUCGUGAGCAAGGGUAGCUUGCUUGACGCUCUGAGACUGUCAACGGUUGACAAUUUCCAGGGCGAGGAGGCAACCGUUGUUAUUGUUUCCCUGGUCCGAAGCAACAGGUUCAGAAAUUGCGGUUUCCUUAAGUCACCGAACCGCAUCAAUGUUCUACUAAGUCGUGCAAAACAUGGCAUGUACCUCAUUGGCGAUGCAAACACGGCCUCAACAGCGCCGAUGUGGGCGUCUGUCAUCGAGCUGUUCGAAAAGAACGAGCACAUUGGACCGUAUCUCGAGCUCGACUGCGAGCGCCAUCCCCACAAUGCCAUGCAGGUCUCGUGCCCCGAUGACUUCUCCGUCAAGUCCCCGGAGGGUGGUUGCGCGGAGACAUGCGGCUUGCGACUGAACUGCGGGCAUACUUGUGUGGUUAAAUGCCACUCAUCCAAACAGCACAACGCAGUCAAAUGCCUUCAAAAGUGCUAUCGAAUGAGCCGGUGCGGUCAUCCAUGCGCGAAGAAGUGCUACGAGCCAUGUGGCCCAUGUACCGCCCUUGUCUGCAACGUCAUGCUACCUUGUGGACAUAGGAUUGACAAGGUUGAAUGCUCACGCAUGAACAGACUUGACACUGUGCAAUGCACAGCAGAGCUUGAACCGUGUCCUCCGUGCGCAGAGCUAUGUGACUCUGGCUGCGAACACCGCGAAGCUUGCAAGCUCCCCUGUGCCGUUCCAUGUGAAAACAAUCCAUGCAGUCGACGUUGCGAGAAGAGAUUGAAGCCGUGUGGACAUCAGUGCCCGGGAAUGUGUGGAGAGCCAUGUCCACCUUCGCAGUUUUGUCAAAUCUGUGCUCCACACGAAGUCCUGCAACAGCAGGUUGACCUUCUGGAGUUCAAGACCUACAGAGAGAUUGACCUGAAUGCAUCGCCCCUAAUUUUCCUCCCGUGCAACCACUUCUAUACCGUUGCUUCCCUGGAUGGACUUUUAAGUAUGAAUGAUUACUUCAAUAUUGAUGCGUCUACAGGCGAGAUUAUUGGAGCUAAGCCUGCACAUUGGGAGAUGAUGCCCGGGUCGGCGCUGAAGGGCUGCCCAGAGUGCCGCCGCCCCCUCAGAGACAUCAACAGAUACAGUCGUAUCUUGAAAAGAUUUCUGCUGGACGAGUUUACCCGCAAGUUCGUCACGUUGGCCAGUGCACAGCAUGCCGGGCUCGCAGACAAGAUUGUUCGCUUCGAGAAGCAAGUUGACGAUUCGCGGACCGAGUUCCUCAAGUAUUGGAUCCAUGAGGCUGGUGGAUCGAAAAGCAACGACCAAGCCAGAGGCGCAGUACAAGCUUAUCGAGGUGCAGGGAUUGGCCUGGUAAAGAAGGUGAAGGAAUACGUCAAGUCUGUUGCGACCGCGGAACAGCCGCUAGGCAAGUUGAACGACAUGCUCGCGUCUGCCAUUUCACGCCAAAACGAAACUACAAGCACAAAGCCCAUCGCUAAUAAAUCCGCCAUACAAACUGGGUUCGGCCUGCGUGGGCAGGUCCUCGGGCUCAGACUCGGCUGGGUCGUACUCCGCGAUUGGGAUCACAUUUGCAGCAACCGGAACGUGGAUCACCGCAUCCGUAAUAACCUAGUCCAACUGACGGCCAGUCACAUCAAGUCUCUGAUUGAAAAGUGUCUUUCGCUGAAGCAGACCACGAUGAAGGCUAAUCUUCUGCAAGAACGAGUCGAAGUUGGGAUCUACUUUGCUCUGUUUUCCAUGCUUUCGUUGAGCAACAUGCGGGCACUCGGCAAGACUGUUGAGUUGGACACCGAGAACAAGACCCGCCAGCGUGCCCAAGACGACCUUGCGUUCUGUGAGAGAUUGUGCACCAAGUUGCCGAAGCUCUUGGGCUAUCUGAUGGAGGAUAUCAAAGACGCACGGAGGACUAUCAAUGACGGGACGUUCUAUGCUUUGGUGACCAGCGAGGAGAAACGCCAGGUGUAUAGAGCGAUGGCGGAGCAGUUCGCAGGAACGGGGCACUGGUACUAUUGCCAAAACAAUCACCCAUUCACUAUUGGCGAAUGCGGCAUGCCCAUGGAGGAGGCCCGAUGUCCCCAGUGCGAGGCCCCAGUUGGAGGGUUGAACCAUCAGCUCGCUGAAGGCGCGAGACCAGCCGAGGAUAUGAACCGGGAAUUUGGCGAGACAGAGCUCACCGAGCAGGACAUCAGGGAAGGGAUGAUAAUGGAGGAGCUGAGAGAAGAAAUGGUGGCCGGUGGAGUGGAAGGAGAUCUGAUCGAGAUGUAA